GUGGCGGCGGCGGCGGCGGCUGGGCGCUCCGCCGCGCCUGCCCUGCCAUCUUAGGUGCUGUGCCCCGCCGCCUUUGUGCCCGCCGCGCCCGGGCACCCGCGGGGGCUGGGCCCGACGCCCCUCCGGGGGUGCCUCCCCCCGCGGGGCCGCCGCCCCUUGCCCCGCUCCUCCUCCUUCUCCUCCUCCUCCUCCUCCGCGGGGGGCCGACCGGCGCUCCCAGCCCGGCUGCGGCGGAGGUAAUCCAUGCUGAAGAGGCUCCAUUCAUACAGAUGAACCAAGGGUUGAAGCAGCACUUUAAACCCAGAUAGUCGGUCGGCUAACUGCCCAGCAGGAUGCCAUCAACCAGCCGAGCGGGCAGCCUGAAGGACCCAGAAAUUGCAGAGCUCUUCUUCAAAGAAGAUCCAGAAAAGCUCUUCACAGAUCUCCGAGAGAUUGGCCAUGGAAGCUUUGGAGCAGUUUAUUUUGCACGUGAUGUGCGCACCAAUGAAGUGGUGGCCAUCAAGAAAAUGUCAUAUAGUGGGAAACAGUCCAAUGAGAAAUGGCAGGAUAUUAUUAAGGAAGUCAAGUUCCUCCAAAGAAUAAAACACCCUAACAGUAUAGAAUACAAAGGCUGCUAUUUGCGGGAGCAUACAGCAUGGCUUGUUAUGGAAUAUUGUUUAGGAUCAGCGUCAGACUUACUAGAAGUUCAUAAAAAGCCAUUGCAAGAAGUGGAAAUAGCAGCAAUUACCCAUGGUGCUCUCCAGGGAUUAGCAUACUUGCAUUCUCACAAUAUGAUCCAUAGAGAUAUCAAGGCAGGAAACAUCCUGCUGACGGAGCCAGGACAGGUGAAACUUGCUGACUUUGGGUCUGCUUCCAUAGCAUCUCCUGCCAACUCAUUUGUGGGGACGCCAUAUUGGAUGGCCCCAGAAGUGAUUUUAGCCAUGGAUGAAGGGCAAUAUGAUGGCAAAGUAGAUGUUUGGUCUCUUGGAAUUACCUGUAUUGAGUUAGCGGAAAGGAAGCCUCCUUUGUUUAAUAUGAACGCAAUGAGUGCCUUAUAUCACAUAGCGCAGAAUGAAUCCCCUACACUACAGUCUAAUGAAUGGUCUGAUUAUUUUCGAAACUUCGUAGAUUCUUGCCUCCAGAAAAUUCCUCAAGACAGGCCUACAUCAGAGGAGCUUCUGAAGCACAUGUUUGUUCUUCGGGAGCGACCUGAAACAGUGUUAAUAGACUUGAUUCAGAGAACAAAGGAUGCAGUGAGAGAACUGGACAACCUGCAGUAUCGUAAAAUGAAGAAGCUCCUCUUCCAGGAGGCACACAAUGGCCCUGCAGUUGAAACACAGGAGGAGGAGGAGGAACAAGAUCAUGGUGUUGGCAGGACAGGAACAGUGAAUAGUGUCGGAAGCAAUCAGUCCAUUCCUAGUAUGUCUAUCAGUGCCAGUAGCCAAAGCAGUAGUGUUAACAGUCUUCCAGAUGCCUCGGAUGAUAAGAGCGAGCUGGAUAUGAUGGAGGGGGACCACACCGUGAUGUCAAACAGCUCUGUCAUUCAUUUAAAGCCGGAGGAAGAAAACUACAGAGAGGAAUCAGACCCUCGGACAAGGGCAUCAGAACCCCAGUCUCCUCCCCAAGUAUCUCGCCACAAGUCUCAUUAUCGCAACCGAGAGCACUUUGCUACUAUACGCACAGCAUCGCUGGUGACAAGGCAAAUGCAGGAACAUGAACAAGACUCUGAACUACGAGAGCAGAUGUCUGGCUAUAAACGUAUGAGACGGCAACACCAGAAGCAACUGAUGGCAUUAGAGAAUAAACUGAAGGCAGAGAUGGACGAGCAUCGCCUCAGGUUGGACAAAGACCUUGAAACACAACGUAACAAUUUUGCUGCAGAAAUGGAAAAGCUAAUUAAAAAGCACCAAGCAGCCAUGGAAAAAGAGGCUAAAGUGAUGGCCAAUGAAGAAAAGAAGUUUCAACAGCAUAUUCAGGCCCAACAGAAAAAAGAAUUGAACAGUUUCCUGGAGUCUCAGAAGAGAGAAUAUAAACUGCGUAAAGAGCAGCUGAAAGAGGAGCUGAAUGAAAACCAGAGCACUCCAAAGAAGGAGAAACAGGAGUGGCUCUCCAAGCAGAAGGAAAACAUCCAGCAUUUCCAGGCAGAGGAAGAAGCCAACUUACUGAGGCGUCAGAGGCAGUACUUGGAGCUGGAGUGUCGCCGCUUUAAGAGACGGAUGCUCCUUGGCCGCCAUAAUCUGGAGCAGGACCUGGUUCGGGAGGAGUUAAACAAAAGGCAGACACAGAAGGACCUGGAGCACGCCAUGCUGCUGCGUCAGCACGAGUCCAUGCAGGAGCUGGAGUUCCGCCAUCUCAGUACCAUCCAGAAGAUGCGCUGCGAGCUGAUCCGCCUCCAGCACCAGACCGAGCUCACCAACCAGCUGGAAUACAACAAGCGCCGGGAGCGGGAGCUGAGGAGGAAGCACGUCAUGGAGGUCCGGCAGCAGCCCAAGAGCCUGAAGUCAAAAGAACUACAGAUAAAGAAGCAGUUUCAGGAUACAUGCAAGAUCCAAACCAGACAGUACAAAGCACUGAGAAACCAUCUGCUGGAGACCACGCCAAAGAGUGAACAUAAAGCUGUCCUCAAACGGCUCAAGGAGGAGCAGACCCGGAAGCUGGCUAUCCUGGCUGAGCAGUAUGAUCACAGCAUUAAUGAAAUGCUCUCUACACAAGCUCUGCGUUUGGAUGAAGCACAGGAAGCAGAGUGCCAGGUUUUGAAGAUGCAGCUGCAGCAAGAAUUGGAGCUGCUGAAUGCAUAUCAGAGUAAAAUCAAGAUGCAGGCAGAAGCCCAGCAUGAUCGGGAGCUGCGUGAUCUUGAGCAGAGGGUAUCCCUCCGUCGGGCCCUCCUUGAGCAGAAGAUUGAGGAGGAGAUGCUGGCGUUGCAGAACGAGCGUACCGAACGGAUACGAAGCCUGCUGGAGCGUCAAGCUCGCGAGAUCGAAGCCUUUGACUCAGAAAGCAUGAGGCUAGGUUUUAGUAAUAUGGUUCUUUCUAAUCUCUCCCCCGAGGCGUUCAGCCACAGCUACCCGGGAGCUUCUGGCUGGUCCCACAAUCCUACUGGGGGUGCAGGACCUCACUGGGGUCAUCCCAUGGGUGGCCCACCGCAAGCUUGGGGCCAUCCAAUGCAAGGUGGACCCCAGCCAUGGGGUCACCCCUCGGGGCCCAUGCAGGGGGUACCUCGAAGUAGUGCUAUAGGGGUCCGCAACAGCCCCCAGGCUCUGAGGCGGACAGCUUCUGGGGGACGGACGGAACAGGGCAUGAGCAGGAGCACAAGUGUUACUUCACAAAUAUCCAAUGGUUCACACAUGUCUUAUACAUAACUUAAACAAUAACUGAGGGUGGCAAUUCCACUGGAGCUGUCUGCCAACAGAAACUGCCUACAGACACCAGCCCAGCAGCCUCCUCAGUGCGGUGCUGACGUGUGGAAGCUGGGUGCACAUGGAAUAUUGUACUCAUUUUGUAAAGCAUUACGUUUUGUGUUUACUAACUGGGAUGUCAUAGUAUUUGGCUGCAGGGUCUGGGAGGGUUGGUUUUUUGGUUUUAUUUUUGUUGUUGUUGGUUUUUGGGGUUUGGGUUUUUUUUACUUUUUGGAGGGGUCUUGGGAGGGCGUCUGAGAAAUAUAUGCAAUUAGUCAGAAGAGUUGACUGGUGGUCGUCACACUGACAGGACAGAAGGGCCUCAGACUGCCCUCGUCACACCAUCCAUAGGAAGUCUGAGGGAGAAUGGAGACCUCCUCCCAUGUCCAUAAAUUUCGAACUGUCACCCUGCAAAAACCAGGCGAGCUGCCUUUAAACCAACAUCCAGGGGAGGAACAGCUGGAUCUUCUGUUCCAUUUUUAUUUGUCAUUAAAUUGGAUACAUUUCUAGGGUAUUGCCUCUGCCAAGAGGCAUUUUCAAAGACCCAUAGGUGAGAAGAGAGGCCAAGAGACACCAGGGCUCAGCAGGGCCCUUCUACCCAAAUGCCCGCUCCGUGUUGUGUAAGAAGUGACGUUCUCUCAGAAAGCACUGGUCAGCUUCCUGAGAACUGUGUAGGUAAAUCUGUCUGGAGGGAACAGGCUAGAAAUGUUUGAAACCGUAUUCCUGCUUUGGCACUCCCUGACUGUGCUGCUGGUAGCUCAGACGAGGUUGGGCAGAGGAGCGUAAGUAAUGCACUUGUACAGCUAAUACUGUGACAUCUCAUUUUAGCUAAGCAUCAGAAUAAUUCUUGGAGCCCAGUGUAGUCCUUUUUGCUCCAUUCAGAAGUGUUUAGACUUUCAGCCAAUCAGUCUCAAAUGCCAGAGGUAUUUUGAAGGAUGCCAUAGUCACAAAACGCCAUUGAUCGGGUUUUUCAUUAUUACACUACAUCCACCAAUUUAUUACCUUUUUGGCUUGUUGCAGUUUCCUGUUUACAUGUAGAGUGUAGCCAACUGUUUAAAUGUUUAGUUGCCACAGUGUACCAGGAGGAGCUGAGCCAAUGACUCUUUCCCAGCUGAUGACUAACCCCCAGCACCACUGUAGAUCUUGCUGCAUGUGAGGCUCCUUUUUAUUAUUUUCGUUGCUGCAAUACUUCACAACUCUUACAGUCCCCUGAGAUGCUGUGAUACUCGGGCAGCAUGUCAUGCCACGUGAGGAGACACUACUUCCAGAGGCUCCUUGGAGCUGCUGUACUACUGAAAGGAAGCGAAGGAGGUUGUGAAACCCAUACGGUGAUAAAGGGGUCAGGGAGUGCAUGACUUUGUGGCAUCGUGUCAUCCCUUAGUGCUGGGAACUGGAACCACUCCCGUGCUCCUGUGCCAGUGCCAGGGUGGUCUAGGGCAGCCAGCACUGUGGGGCUAAGGAAAGAGCAGGUAGACAAAGUCUGGCUUGAGGCAAAGAUUUCUGUCUUGGGGACUGACCAGCCAGGGUUCUUUGUAAAUGUUUUUCCUUGCACACUAAUCAUCUUGAAGAAAACACUAGCUGCUAACUCUAGGAUUUGCCUUUAAUAUGUUUAUAGGGCUCAAAAGCAAGGUUUUCCGAAUGUGUUUGUCCAUGUGACAUAUUUAUAUAGUAAAUAGUGUCUCGCUGCUGUUCAGUACCCAACAGGGCGACGUUCCUUCGUAGCUAAAUUAACAGCCACUCCCAGUCCUUAACUCUGCCCCAGUCCAGCGACUCCCACUGGGAUUUCUAUCAUCUUGACAUAGCAUAUCACUCGAAUCCAAGAUGGAAACUCUACCAAGAUAGGUUGGAGCAGCCCCUUAGCAAGGAGCUUUGUAGUACUAGCACCUGGCAGAAGCCCAGGGUGAGGCAGUGGUCCCGUGGAGGUGGCUUUGGUUGCCCCCCCAGGGCAAGUAGUGGCCGUGCAUCGUCCUGUCCUUUCCUCUGCUACGUUUUUACGUGGAAUUGGAUGUUUUGGGGGUCAUUCUUUUGCAUUGCAGUGUUGUUGAAAUGCAGCAAAACUGGAUUUGGGAAAGGUUUAUCUGUAUUUUCCUGGGGUUAGAAAGAAAGCCAAAAAUGAAAUGAAAGGCCAAAACUGUCCUGGGGUUCCCCCAGUGAGCGUGGAGGGUGUGCCCAGAGCACGGUGCUGACGCAGCAUUGGGAAGUUCAGCUCCUCUAUCCCAGACAGCAGCAGCGGCAGUGGGGACAGGCUAUACCUGCAAGUUCAGUGGGGCUCGUUCUUUUGCUUCUGUUAUGGUUUGAAUUUGGUCAAAGUCUCUGGCUUAAAUUGAGCUAUUUGAACAGAGUUCUCUCAGCCCAUCUCUUUGUGUGAUGUCAAGCAUGACUGAAUGCUGAGUCCAAACGAUGGCUCUCCCAUAUUGGCUUUUUUUGUAUUCAAAAAGAGUUGUGUAGUAACCAUUUUUACAUGUAUACCAUGUGCAGACCUGGACUAUUCCAACAAGUUAAUAUUUUAAUUAAAAUAGUUUGCAAAAACUGAUUCAGAUCAACUGGUCUAAAUGUGUGUGUCCCUGUGUUGUACGUGGGGGAAGGAAAACUGGCCCAAAAGAGGCUGAUCUGGAGAGAAAGCACCCCGUUAUGCAGCUGUAGCCAGAGGGAUCAGGGUCAGGCUGUGCCUCGGAGGGGCGUGAGGAGGCCCUUGGUGUUGAGAAUCGUAUCUCAGCAGUGUUUCUGAGGUACAUGAGCAGCCAUGAGCUAGAGAGGCGCAAACACUCUCUGAAUCAGUUUGCAAACUCUGUUUUUAAAAGUAAAACCAGUUGCUCCAUGUAGGAUUCAUUGCAGCCAUCCCCUCACUUUGGUUUUAACAGUGCUGUCGUCUGUAAAUUCUGGGAGCUACUGCAGGACCUCAGCAAAGAUGUUCUCUCACAUCUUUUAUGUUUGUGUUUAACACAGAGGAAACUCUUCUGUUGUGGGCUACUUUGCAAACCUUACUGCAGUAUUUUCAAGUCACCAGCUUGACCCCUGGAAUCUCAUAUUCUGUGGUUAUUUUUCUCUCUCCUUUGCAAAGACCUAAAGUUCUGAUGUAGUUUAGCCCAGAGAUGAAAAAGAAAACAAUCAGGAGCCAGCAUUUUUAGAUCUGAAUCUCUCUGUUUUGUGUGAUUAAAAUCAGUGAAAGGGACCACGUUUUUCUUGUGCUCUCUGGUCCCAGGGAGUCAGCAGUCCCCUCUCCCUUCCCCUGUUGAAUGUUACGUGCUGUCUUCCUCGCAUGCAGCACCGAAUUGGAGGCCACAGCUCGGUCUCACCUGCGCUUGCUCCAAGCUUGUGAGCUUCAAAGGAGCUGAAGAACUAAACGUGGUGCGAUACUGAGCUUUCCACAGCACCUUCCUUGGCAUCGCUCUCUGUCCUUCCCCCAGUCCUCCCCUCCAGAAGAAGGUGCAUUGCACACGGGCUGUAACCUGCACAGGGUGCACCCUGCUCCAUCCCGGGCUGAUGCUGUGUAUUAACCCCCAGGGCACAGGGCCUCUUGCCCUCCCGCUCCCACUCCACCCUGCUUACGUGCCAUUUCUUGAGAGGCAAUAAAUUGUAUCGUACCACUGUCUACCAUUACUCUGUUGAAUACGCACAUCUCUGGAUAUAUAUAUAUGGUAUCUCAUUUGUAUAUAUUUAUAUACUCUGUAUGUACGUGUGUGUGGGUAUAUGUGCACACACACCUCAUGCUGUGCAUUUUCUGUCAGGGCACGUGGGUUCUGCUGUUCUUUAGCACUCCUGUUCCUGAGCAAAAGCAACCCCUGUGGCAGGGCUCGCGAGGGCGCGUUCAUCUGCACGCUGUGCCAGGGCUGGAGGCAGCCAGAGCCCUCUCUUGGUACUGCCCUGCUAAUUGCAGCUUGCUUUGUCAGGGGUGCAGGGGGCUGGGUAGCUGCCUCGGGUGUGCUGUAAAGGAGAGAAGAGAGCUCCCAGAGGGUACCAGAAAGUCAGAAGACAGCAGAGGAGAAAACAAGAUGGCCUAGCGAUAGGAGAGUGAGUGGUUGAGGCACUGUGCUGAGCUGCCGGGGAGGCGGUGAGUGGGCCGGUGAAGUGCUCAGCAGGCUGAGCUCAAGAGUCCCCAGCUGCGUCUCACCACAAAAGAUCCCCAGCCUGGCAUGGUCUUGGCACGCUGCACAGGCACUAUUGGCAGUGCUGAGUUUGAGCCACCGCUGGCUCUCAACACUUGUCUACUUUUGUGUGCCUGUAACAAUUAGAGCAGGUUAUGUGGAGGAUCAAAAGAGAGGGGAAAUUGGGAGAUCCAAAUUGUGUGUGUUUACAGCACGUGUAUAUGUACACAGACACUUCUGCUUGAUUCUUUACUUGGCUUAGGCGAGUGUCUUCUGUUGUGUGACUCUGGUAAGCAAAGGCCAGCCUUGUUCUUCUCCUGGGUGCUUCCUCAGCAUUCCUGGUGAAUCUUGCCCUGGUCUUUCUCACAGUAGAGGAGCGAGUGGACACCACAAGCUCCUCAAGCUAGGACGACCUUUCUGACCUUCUCGUUUGUCCUCUACCGACCCCGUAGUAGCAAGACAGCUGGCAGUGUGGGGGAUAAGUGGUUCUGGCAUGUGUCAAGUCAUGACUUUUGGUAUUUGCCCCCGGGGAGCCCAGCCAGCUCAGCAGGUGCCACCCAUGGGCUCUCUUUGUGCUACUGUAGAAUUUGGAGGCAAUUUCCCCACCCUGUCUCUUUUGGAAGGUCUUGUGUGAGUUUUGUAAGGAAGGCUUGGGUUUGGUUGGGACAUCCUUGCCCUUUCACAAGGAGUACUGUUGUCUUUAGCCAUGUUCCUGCCUGUGGGACUCUCCCACCCCGGUGCUGGCCGGCAUUGAGCCCAAAGCCGGGAGCCAAGGAUGGAGGAGUGGUGGAUGCCCAGGCCGGGAUGCUGGUCUCUCUCCCUCUGCUGUGUUUGUUUCAAUUUGCACUUUUACGAGUCCAUUGAGACUGAGGCUGAUGAGAAAUACGUGUGAGGUGCUUUGGAUGGUUGUGGGCAGCUGUUUACAGUUUCCCUCCCCCCCAAAAAAUCCCAGAAGAGCUGGUAGAUUUUAGUGGUUACAGUAAACGUCCCCCGGGGACUGAUAGCAGCAGCCAAGCCCUGCUCCUGCUGCACCAGGAGGCUCAGGCAGCUGGGGCCCUGCCCCUCAGCCCAGGCUUUGCUGGGGAAGGAGAGGCCUUGGUCAGCUAGAGAGGGACUUAGUAAAUUGGAUUUGCCAGCAAACAAGCACCUUAACCCCCGAGCUGUGGGUCUCAAUACUUGCACUUCACCUGAAGGCUCCUCUGGGGAAGGCAGUUUGGUAGGUGACCGUUGGCUUUGCGUCCUCAAAACACCCUAAAGCCAUGUCCUAGGGUAAAAACCAAACCCACCCCAACAUCACUUCCUUCUCUCGUUGCUUUCUCUGAGUGCACACACUGAGUCUGGGAACCAGGAGGGGCGAGUGUUGUCCCUAUGGAUGUGAACAACCCCGGGGGGGACCUUUUCCCCUCCUCACCCCACCUCGCUCCUGUGGUCCCCUGCCCCGCUCCCUGCCCUCGAGUACGGGUACCUCAGAACAUGCACAGUUUGUAUUUUCACUGACAAUUGGUUUAAUUAUUGUGAGUGAAAAGCAUUGUAAUUAUCUGUAAAUAUGUAGUUAACAAAUUGACCUAGUUUCUGUAUUUUUUAAGUUCUUUUUGUACUGAGAUUUCUAGAUCCAGCCCGUGCCAGCUCGCGAAGCGCCGCUGCGGCCGCCAGCCCUGGCUGAGCAUGCACCCAAUCCCCGAGGCUUGUCCGACUGAUGCUGUGAGGCAUUGUGCUUAGCUCUCGUGCGGCUGAGGGGUGGGAGGGCAGCGGGGGGACCCUCAGCCUCCCAGCCAGGGGCCGCAUCUCCUUCCCGCCUGCGUUUUGGUGCGUUGCCAGGCGGUGGCAGCGCGAGGGACGGAGCUGAUGCGAGGGGGAGCUUCCAGUUUGCUCUGGGGCUGAAUUCAACAGGAACCCAGUGCAGGGUCUUUGCUGCAGUUUAAUACCGGCUUAUGACUAUCUAUUUUUUUUCCCCAACCUCUCUGGAAAUGAUCGGUUUUCCCCCUCUGACUGCUUUUAUCUGAAACCUACUGGAGGGGGAAAAAAAGGAGAGAAAAAAGAAAAGACAAAAAAAAAGAGACUUUGGUUGAAGCUCGUUGCCUGCUUUUGGUGCCAGGAUCACACAUUUCUAUGGCAACUCUGAGCUCAGCAGAGUUUAGAAAUCAGCACAGGGUUGUUACCGAGCUGAAGGACGUGGCGGCUGCUCUGGCUGCAGCCAACGAGGGCGAGUUUGGGGUGCAGGAGGGUCUCUGGUCCCAGCCCCAGGCAAGGGCUGGCUCUGAAGCGAGGGCUGAGCUCUGUCUGGUGGCAGGAGCGAGGCUGGGAGUGGCGAGGAGCUUUGCUGAGCGUCCCGGGCAGCCGUGAGCAGAGCUGGGUGUCUGGAGGUCACAGUGACGGGAGCUUGUGAGGAUUCGAGGCUCAGAGGAGAGGGCACACGUGCGCCUGUGGGUUUGGCUUCUGGCAAGCAAACCACCUGCUUCCUUUCUUCAGCUUUUCUUCCCUCCUAACCCCCCUCUGCAGCUCUUCCCCCUGCUUGCUUGGAACAGGAAUAUUUUUUACCUGCCUAGAAACAGCUAAAAGAUUGGGGGCUGGGGUGGGGGGGGGGGGGUGGGGGGCAGCCCUGAUGUAAAUAAUUAACAUUACAAAGUGAAGUGUGUAUAACAUAAAAGGCUACAGCCCUUUGGUGACUUGUAAAUGCUUGAGGAGGUUGUGGUAAGGGGCAGAGGGCCAAGCGACCUGCCUGGGGCUCUGCAGCCACCGCUGCCCCUCCAACCCCCCCCACCCCCGGGUCGGGCAGGGGGGGGACCCACCUUGGCCGUGGGUUGGUGGAGGGGGAGGUAGCAUAAUGUGUGUGAUAAGGGUAGGAGCUGUGUGAGGUGUGUAUAGUGUAUAUUUUUUACAAAUAGCUUGCUUGUAUUGUGAAGAUUUUAAAAGACAAACUUGAGAAAUCUAGCCUAACUAUUAACACAAGUUUAACAUCAGUUACCCCACUGGGUUCAGAGCCUCUUGAAUGUAUAUUCCUUUUUGUAACCUAAAUGACCUAUUCUUCUACCAGUCAGCCAGACAUCCUAUUUAUAUUUUUAAUUUUAUAUGUUACUUUCCAUUCGUUUUCAUUAUUUCCAGCAUGUUUCUGGGUUUGGGGGGGGGUGGGGUUUCUGUUUUGUUUUGUUUUCUUUGCUUGGGGGUUUGGUUUUGUUUCUUUUUUCUUUCACACGAGCAUUGUGUGAAGUCAAGGAAAUGUUAACUCAAACCUGGUAUUUUCCAACCUGUUGCCCCCCCCCUUCCCCUUCCUCUCCUCCACCCCUUUGUGGUUGUGGUUUUGGGUUUGUUUUUCCUUUCUUCUGCCAGCAGUUUGGGAUUUUCUGGGCUGGGAUGCAGCGGGGGGGAGGAGGGGAUGGUUAUUUUCCAUUUGCAGCUUCUGUGCAAAUGUCAGGUCUUUUGCCAGUCCCACUGAAAAACAACAAAAACACACAAAAAAACCACCCCAACAACAAAUCAAAUGUAAAAGCUUCACUUGCUGGUUGCUUUGGGAAACAAAGAAAUAAAUAAAACAAAAAUGUAACCUUAUGAGUGUGAGGGAGCCCAGGGCAGGAGGAGGGGAAGGGCACACCUGUACCACACAGCUCCAGCUUUGGCUGCGAGACCAAAGCUUUGGUGGCCACAGCCCCCCACCCCGCACCAGCCUUGGGCUCAAACAUGAGAGCUGCCCGUUGUGACAGCAAAGCUGUUGCUGCUUUUCCUCUCCUCCUCCUCCUCCUCCUCCUCCUCUCCCCCUCCCGCAGGAGGUCCAGCUCACCCUCAAGAGCUCUCCCAGCGCGGUGGGCGCUGCUGCGGCGGUGCCCAGGCGGGUUCGGGGGAAGGGCCUCGGCCCCGGGUCGUGCUGCAGAGCCGUAGGUAGAGAUAAAUAAUCAUAACAAUUAAAUGAAUAAAAACCACACACAUAUCUGCUGUUUUACUAUGAACACUGGUCUGAGGUGAUGGGCCGCGAAGGAUUGAACCAGGGGAAUUGAAACUCCUUCCUGCUUCCAUGUCUGGUAGCACCAGCUGGUAUGAGUGAAUCUACAGGUGUGCGUUUUCCUUCUGGUAGAAAAUGCCACGAGCACUAACUGGUAAGGCUUAAUGUACAGUAUAUUGUCAGUAUUCUGGUAUUCUUCUGGUUCAACAUACAUUAUAGCUCAUAUAUAACCUGUAUUAAUUGUAUAGAUUGUGCAUUUAAAGCUGUUACCGAGUUGUCAGAAAAAAAAAGAGAAGAAAAAAAAAAAACCAAACCAUAAGGUCAUAUGUAAUAUUUUGUUUGUAAGUAUCCUUUGUAUCAUAGCAAAGGAAAUGUUAAAAAAUCAA